GAGAGGAGCAGAGGGGCAGAUAGCAAAGCCGGAUAUCUAAUCAGGGAGCUAAUCAGGCUAACAGAUAACCAGGUGAAUAAAAAGGUGAAGAGAUUCAACCAGCAGGAGGUGAAUGUGUUUGUGACACAGAUGGAGUCGGAGGAGAAUCUGGUUAAUGUUUUCCUGCUGCUGCUGUUCAGUGCGGUCUUCACUGUGGUGGGUCCUUCUACCCCAGAGGAGGGCUGGCAGGUGUACAGUUCAGCUCAGGACUCAGAGGGCCGAUGUGUUUGUACAGUGGUUGCUCCUCAGCAGACGGUCUGCUCCAGAGAUGCUCGAACCAAACAGCUGAGACAGCUGCUGGAGAGGGUUCAGAAUAUGAGUCAGUCCAUUGAGGUUCUGGACCAGAGGACUCAGAGAGAUCUGCAGUUUGUGGAGAAAAUGGAAGUUCAGCUAAAGGGACUGGAAAACAAAUUCAAACAGGUGGAAGAUGGCCAUGAGAACAACAUCGCCAGACAGUACAGGUCUAUCAAAGAAAAGAUGGAGGAGAUACGCCCUCUAAUCCCAGUGCUGGAGGCCUACAAGGCGGACGCUCUGCUGGUACGACAGUUUAAGGAGGAGGCGGCCAAUGUGACCGAGAUGCUGGGAAAUCUGCAGGAACAACUUGGGGGUUUGGACUACCAGGAGCUCCACCACAGAGUGAUGAGUCUAGAGGACCGGCUGAAGGCCUGCAUGCAGCGGCUGGCCUGCGGGAAGCUGACAGGAAUCUCUGAGCCCAUCACUAUCAAGACUUCUGGAUCUAGAUUUGGAUCAUGGAUGACUGACCCAGUAGCUCCACCCGGCGACAACAGAGUGUGGUACAUGGAUGGGUAUCAUAACAACCGCUUUGUCAGAGAGUACCAGUCCAUGUAUGACUUUAUGACCACGGACAACUUCACCUCUCAUCGCCUGCCUCACCCCUGGUCUGGCACAGGUCAGGUGGUCUACAACGGAUCCAUUUACUUCAACAAGUUUCAGAGUCACACCAUCAUCAAGUUCGACUUUAGCACAUCAGUCAUCAGCCGUUCCAAACAGCUUGACUUCGCCGGUUACAACAACAUGUACCAUUACUCCUGGGGUGGUCAUUCUGACAUUGACCUCAUGGUGGAUGAAGGGGGCCUCUGGGCUGUCUAUGCCACCAAUCAGAACGCUGGAAACAUCGUCCUCAGCCAGUUAAAUCCAAACACUCUGCAGAUCAUUCGCAGCUGGACCACCAACCAUCCGAAACGUAGUGCCGGCGAGGCCUUCAUGAUCUGUGGGACCCUGUACGUGACUAAUGGAUACUCGGGUGGAACCAAAGUUUACUAUGCCUACUCCACCAACUCCUCCACUUAUGAGUACAUCGACAUUCCUCUAACCAACAAAUACAGCCACCUGUCUAUGCUCGACUACAACCCUCGAGACAGAGCAUUGUACGCCUGGAACAACGGCCAUCAAGUCCUUUAUAAUGUUACACUCUAUCACAUCAUACAGUGACGUAACAAACAAAUAACCAGAAUCCCUAAUAUUAGUCUGUUAGACAUCACACAGUAAUGUUAAGAGUUAAUUCUGGUAGCCAUAAUGUUACUGUUAAAAACAGAAUCAAGUUACAUAUACACUGAAAAUAAGCCCCAGAACUGUUACAGUCCAGCACAUGAUACAAAAAAGUCCAAUAAUAUAAGGUUAAUCUGUUAGACAUGAUACAGUAACGUAAAGAGUAAAAUUGGUGCCAUUAUUUCUAUCUAAACAAAAAUUGACCCAAGUCAUAAGAGGAAAUGGUUAUCUGGUAAGUAGAGAGCUUUAUUAAUCUAGCUUAGCACCUUUGUUGUUAGCUAAGCAGCUAACCAGCUGUUCUUCAGUCAGAUUGUUUAUUUAAAAGUUUAUCCAAUAAUUCAGAAUUUGGACUGUUUCUGAUACAGAGCAGGGUAAUGCACUUGUGUAAACAGAUAGCUCCAAUGCUAACUGCUACAUAAACAUUUAGUCUCAGCCAGCAUUUCUUUGUGCUAAGCUAGACUAUACAAGCUCUCUUCGUUCUGAAGUUUUUUCCUUUAAUUCUUUGAGCUCUUUAAUUAAGAAAAAAUAAAGCUACACUUUGACCACCAGGUUUUUAAAGUCAUAAAAUUGUUUCACAUUAAUACACUUCAAUCUUGAUCAAUACAAUGAUACUAUCACAGCAAUGAAACUCUUGUCUUUCACAAUAAGAGACACUGAAAUGUUUCAAUUAUUUGUUCAUGCACACAAAAAAAUGUUACACAUUUUUACGAUAAUUUUCUUUUGGUGACUUUUUCUGACACCAUCAUCAGAUGUACUGUUCUUACUCUGAAGUAACUAUAGUAAUAAUAAUAAUGAUAACUAAUUCCUUAUGACUGUUGUGCAUUAUACAGUGAUACAAAAUGACUUUAAAGGGUUUAUCUUUCCCAGAAAUAUUUCUGUUUUUCAAUCAGCUGUAAUUUUAGCAGGGCUACACAUUUCUAUCUAUCCAUCUGGUAUUCUGGGAGACGUAUUCCCAUAGUCCUCUAUCACAACCUCCUGUUAGAUCACUGAGCUGAAACCACAUUAUAUACGCUCAUCCCAAACAUGUUGAUGUAUAUGUUGUUGUGUUUUUCAAGGAUUUGUUUGUUGUCUUCACAGUCAACCACUAACUCCAUAUGAAAGCAGUUAUUUGUGGCUUUACAAACCCCAAACUCUGUUGGUUGUCUGGUAUGUUCAAACUGAAGUAGGAGUCCUUAAUGCCAAGCAGCCUCUGAAACCCUGCUUCUUUAGCUCAGGGGCCUCCAUCAACACAGAUGUACUCCAACAUGUCUGUAUUCUUGCAGGUCAACAGUGGUGCAUUGACCUCUGAUGGUGUGUUUACUGGCAGGUCUACUGGCUGUUUGAUAUCUGUACACUGGUGUGUUUACCCACAAGUUAGUUUGUCAAUGGAUGGUCCGGUUUGUGUCUACUGGAUGACAGUUGUUUGUCCAUACAUCACCAGGUUAGAAAAUCCAAAGGUAGUGCUGACUGUCGUUUGGCCAUUGUUGUUUAUCCAAUGGCAGGCUUGUUGAAAUUUGGCAAAUCAAUCAGCUAUUAUUUGCCUGUCCAGUGGCAGAUGUAUGCCCUUCUCCUUUGGUGGUCAUCUUCUGUCCACAGGUGAGAAAAUCAUGUUUAAUUAACAGGUCAGUAUCUUUGGGUGUGUCCUAUGGAAGGUCAGUGAUUGUUUACUAGCAGGUCGGUGUUUUCUACCGUCAGGUGAGAGGCUUUCCAGGACAGGUUUGUGUCAGUCAGUCUUUAGGUUGCUAAGUCUAAAAGCAGUUGUAUGUCCAGUUGAAGGUUUAUGUCUGUCUGUCCAUCAUCUUUUCUCCAUUGACAGGCUAUUGUCCCUCAGUGGGUUCACUGCAAUCAUUGUCUGUCCAUCUUGUUGGUAUACAUCCAUCACCAAGUCAGAGUGUCCACCAGGUUGCUUUGUCCAUGGGUAAGUCUGUGUCUGUCCACCAUCUAGUCGAGUGUAUCCAGUGUCAGUUGCCUGCCCAUUGUCAUUGGACUUGUGUGCUCUGAGGAGAUUGAAAUGUCAACUGGCAUAUGUUUUUAUCUGUUGGCAAGAUAGUAACAAUGCUUCUUGUCUGAUGUGCCAGAAAAUAAUGAGUCCAGAAUUUAUUCUGUCCAACAUAAACGUAUGUAAACUUAUAAGAAUGUGAGGAAUUGCAGUCAGUCCAGGCAGCUCAGCUGAGAUCUGUUACAUUGAAAGAAUUUUUUUUCUUCUUUUGUCCUGGCAUUGUCAUUGUUUCUUACAAACUCUUAAAUAUUUAACACGUCUCUGUAAAUUUUGCUAAGCAGUAAGUUAUAACUGAUGACGCAUUAUAAAUAUCAUAGAAAUUUAUUGAGGAUAUUGUAUUCCAAUCAGACAGCUACAAUUUUCUAUUGCUACUUCUUUGUGUUUUGUAUUUCAACAGAUUCUUCAAGUUGGAUGUCAGACUUUGCCUCUUAUGUUCGUGUGGAGUAAUGAAAUGUUAAACUGACAGAAACAGCAGAGAUGAUUUUACCGUCUAAAGAAAGACAGCAUGAUCAAUGUUUGUAGAUUUUUUUGGUUUCAGUAACCACUGGCCUUAACAGCGGAUGUGCUUUGGAUUGCAUCACCCAACCCCAUAAUGUUGAAGGGGUUUUUCUUUCUAAUUUGUUUGUUCUUUUUUCUUUUUUAAGUCAAAUAAAGAGGCUCCACUU